UGAACUCUGCACAUGCUCGGAGUCGCUCGGAGGUACGAUCCCGAAACUGAGCUCUGGUACAUGGCAAGGAAGGCGGAGUCAAUCCGUAAUCCCAACCCGCGUCCUCUGCAGCAGCACCCCGCCCCCGGUCGCACUCGUUUGUUUCCCCUCCGUUGAGGAGGAGGCGGCAUCUCCAAGUGAUCGGACGGGUCUCUGGCCUCUCUGAACUUGCGACCCUGCCUCUCGCCGCAGCAGCAGCAUGCCGGACAGUUCGGACUCUGGUGGUGGCGCAGCUCGAUAACGUCAUCUCUCGAGGCGCCGCCGGGAACGGAGCCGAGCCGAAGAAGGCAGAGAGGGGCAUGGUGGGCUCCAAAGGGCCACGGAGGAGGAGGAGGAGGUCGCAGGAGGUGGCUGCGGUGGUAGCGGAGGAAGCCUCCAGGUUGAGCAUCAGACUUGAGAGAACCAAAUUACCUUCCACAACCCUCUUCAAGACCCUGAGUUUGCUAUUCCAGUGGGGAAGAUUUCUGAGGGCUUGGUUGGAAAGGCAAUGCAUCUUUGUGUUCCUCUAACCCAAUCCAAACCUCCAGUCAGGAAAAAGAGCAGAGAGUCUCUUCCUAAGGUUGGCCUGGGUGAGGGAGGAGAUUUCUGUGUGUCUUGGAAGCAUAUUCUGCAACCCCUGGCUAUGAGAAUCCUUAAUGGACUGGGGCUGGACACGCAGUCAAUAGCCAUCAUGGGGCAAAGUGAAUCAGAGCCACAGGAGGAGGAGCAGCAAGAGGUUUUGGAUGUUGUGAUAGGAGUUGUGCUCUCAGUGCUACUUGUUGCUGUUCUGAUCCUGAUCCUGAUCCGCCGGUUCCGCCUUCAGAAAAUUCAGUCUCAGGAACAACCCAAGUACCGGUUUCGGAAGCGGGACAAAGUGUUGUUCUAUGGGCGUAAAAUUAUGCGCAAGGUUUCUCAGUCCACGUCUUCCUUGGUAGACACCACCAUCUCCUCUGCUUCUCGACCACGCAUGAAGAAGAAGCUCAAGAUGCUAAAUAUUGCCAAAAAGAUCCUACGUAUCAAGAAAGAGCUGCCAACCCUCCAGCUGAAGGAGCCACCUCCCUCUGUCCUGGAGGCUGAUCUCACAGAAUUUGAUGUGGCCAACUCUCACCUCCCUUCUGAGGUGCUCUACAUGCUGAAGAAUGUGCGGGUGUUGGGCCACUUUGAGAAGCCCUUGUUCCUGGAGCUGUGCAAGCACAUGACCUUUCAGCAGUGCCAGCAGGGCGAAUGUGUCUUCCGCCCAGGUCAGCCCGAUACCAGUAUCUAUGUGGUCCAGGAUGGAAAGCUGGAACUCUUCUUGUCCGAGCAGAUUCAGGAUGGGAAGGAGACUCUUGUGAAGGAGGUGUUCCCAGGGGACAGCGUGCACAGUCUUCUCAGUAUCCUGGAUGUCAUCACGGGUCACCAGCGGCCGUAUCGGACAGUAUCUGCACGGGCAGCUGAGGACUCCACAGUGCUGCGUCUUCCAGUGGAGGCCUUCUCAGCAGUCUUUGAGAAGUACCCUGAGAGCCUUGUCCGGGUAGUUCAGAUCAUAAUGGUGCGCCUGCAAAGAGUCACCUUCUUGGCCUUGCACAACUAUCUUGGCCUGACCAACGAGCUUUUCAGCCAUGAUAUGCAGCCACUGCGGCUCUUCCCCCAGCCGGGUCACACCUCUCGCACCAGCCCUGUGCGGCACAGCAAGCGCGUCAUUAGCACCUCCUCUGUUGAGGAUGCAAAGGAGACUACUGGAAGGCAGCUGGAUUCUGCUUCUAAAGAACAAAGUGACCCACUGAAACCAGGCUUGCUGGAACCACCUCCUGCCCCACUGUUGAGUCGUUGCAUCUCCAUGCCAGUUGAUAUCUCAGGGAUCCAGAAGGGCCCCCGCUCAGACUUCGACAUGGCCUAUGAGCGAGGUCGUAUCUCAGUGUCCCUUCAAGAAGAUAGCACUGUCUCAUUGGCUGGCUUUUCCCGACUUACUUUGUCCUGUACCCACCCUUGGCAGUCAGUUUCCCAUGAGCCCCGGGAGCGGAAGUCUGUGACAGUGGAGGAGCAGCCAUCUGGAGUCUACCACUACAACUACUGUGAGGAUGACUCAGCAACUGGUGACUGCCCCUUUGGGCCAUACCAAGGCCGCCAGACAAGUGCCAUCUUUGAGGCUGCCAAGCGGGAGCUGGUCAAGCUCAUGAAAAUUGAGGACCCUUCCUUGCUGAAUAAUAGGGUGUUGCUGCACCAUGCCAAGGCUGGAACAGUGCUUGCCCGCCAAGGGGAUCAGGAUGUCAGUCUGCACUUUGUGCUGUGGGGCUGCCUGCAUGUUUACCAGCGGAUGAUUGACAAGGCUGAAGACGUCUGCCUUUUCUUGACACAGCCUGGCGAGAUGGUGGGCCAGCUGGCUGUGCUCACUGGAGAGCCGCUUAUCUUCACCAUCAAGGCCAACCGUGAUUGCACUUUCCUCAAGAUCUCCAAGUCCGACUUCUAUGAGAUUAUGCGGGAACAACCAAGCGUGGUACUGAGUGUAGCUCACACAGUGGCAGCCCGCAUGUCUCCAUUUGUGCGCCAGAUGGACUUUGCCAUUGACUGGAUGGCUGUGGAGGCUGGGCGGGCCCUUUACAGGCAAGGUGACAAGUCAGACUGCACCUAUAUUGUGUUGAAUGGACGCCUGCGCUCUGUGAUCCAGAAGGGCAAUGGCAAGAAGGAGUUGGUUGGGGAGUAUGGGCGUGGGGACCUCAUUGGCGUGGUAGAAGCCCUGACUCGUCAAGUCCGUGCAACCACUGUCCAUGCGGUGAGGGACACAGAGUUGGCCAAACUCCCAGAAGGGACCCUCAAUAACAUCAAACGACGUUAUCCACAGGUUGUAACCCGUCUUAUCCACCUACUGAGUCAGAAGAUCUUGGGGAACUUGCAACAGUUAUGUGGCUCUUUCCCAGGUUCCGGUCUUGGCAUGGCCUCCAGUUCAGAACUGACCAACCCAGCCAGUAACCUCUCAACGGUGGCAGUCCUUCCAGUGUGUGAUGAUGUAUCUAUGGCAGCUUUCACUUUGGAACUAAAGCACGCUCUGAACGCCAUUGGCCCAACCCUACUGCUCACCAGUGACAUCAUACGGGCUCGGCUUGGGGCCUCUGCACUGGACAGCAUCCAUGAAUAUCGGCUGUCUGGCUGGUUGGCCCAGCAAGAGGAUAUCCAUCGCAUUGUGCUGUACCAGACUGACUACACUUUGACCCCCUGGACAGUGCGCUGCAUCCGCCAAGCUGACUGCAUUCUCAUUGUGGGCCUGGGGGAUCAGGAGCCUACGCUGGGUGAGCUAGAGCAGAUGUUGGAGAACACAGCGGUGCGUGCCCUGAAGCAGCUCAUCCUUCUACACCGUGAGGACGGACCCAGCCCUGCCCGUACUGUAGAAUGGCUCAACAUGCGCAGCUGGUGCUCAGGACAUCUACACAUCAAGUGUCCACGUAGAGUCUUUUCCCGACGCAGCCCCAACAAGCUGAGAGAGAUGUAUGAGAAAGUCUUUGAGAAGAAUGCUGAUCGCCACAGUGACUUCUCCCGGCUGGCACGAGUCCUAACGGGCAACACCAUUGCUUUGGUGCUGGGUGGUGGUGGGGCCAGGGGCUGUUCUCACAUCGGAGUGAUCAAGGCCAUGGAGGAAGCUGGUAUCCCGAUUGACCUGAUUGGCGGCACCUCCAUUGGCUCCUUCAUCGGUGCCCUGUAUGCCGAGGAGAGGAGUGCUGUGCGCACGAAGCAGCGAGCCAGGGAGUGGGCCAAAAGCAUGAAUUCAGUGUUUGCCACAGUGCUGGACCUCACCUACCCCAUCACUUCCAUGUUCUCUGGCUCUGCCUUCAACACCAGCAUCCACAAGGUGUUCCAGGACAAGCAGAUUGAGGAUCUGUGGCUACCCUACUUUAAUGUGACAACAGACAUCACAGCCUCUGCCAUGCGAGUCCACAAGGAUGGCAGCGUGUGGCGCUACGUCCGGGCCAGUGCAUCUUACACCCCCUAUUUGCCUCCUAUCUGCGACCCCAAGGACAGUCACUUGCUUGUGGAUGGCUGCUAUGUUAACAAUGUCCCAGGCUCGCUGUGGCGGUACGUGCGAGCUAGCAUGACCCUUUCCGGGUACCUACCGCCACUCUGCGACCCCAAGGACGGCAAUUUACUGAUGGACGGCGGCUACAUCAACAACCUGCCAGCUGACAUUGCUCGCAACAUGGGUGCCAAGACUGUCAUUGCCAUAGAUGUGGGUAGCCAGGACGAAACUGACCUAUGCAACUAUGGAGACAGCCUGUCGGGCUGGUGGUUGCUCUGGAAACGCCUGAAUCCCUGGGCUGAGAAGAUCAAGGUGCCUGACAUGGCAGAGAUCCAGUCCCGUCUGGCCUAUGUUUCCUGUGUGCGGCAACUGGAGGUGGUGAAGAGCAGUUCAUACUGCGAGUACAUCCGCCCUCCCAUCGAUCGCUUCAAAACCAUGGACUUUGGCAAGUUUGACGAGAUCUAUGAUGUGGGUUACCAGCAUGGAAAAGUAGUAUUUGAUGGAUGGUGCCGAGGGGACAUCAUUGAGAAAAUGGUAAAGGACCGGCAUUCUGCAGACUUCUAUGAGAGCAAACGCAUGGAUGUGCUGAUGUGUCCCAGUGCUGGAUUCACAGACCUGGCUGAGAUAGUGUCACGCAUUGAGCCAGCCAAGAGCUACGUGUCAGACAGCUAUGCAGACGGAGAGGAGUCAGACUACCUGACCGAGUACGAGGAGGAAGGGAUGGAUGCCGUGCGGGAGGAAGAAGGGCAGGAGCUGUUGUUUGCACCAGCAGAGCAGAAUGCUGUCUUUGAAACAGAUGAGGAGAAGAGCUUACGGCACCGCCGAGGGACUUCCCAGGAGCUGCCUGCCCCGGUGGCUACUCCCACACCCUGAGGAGGUGGAACUGGCACUUUGAGACCAAAUCUUGCACUCAUCCUUUGAGCUGCUAUGUGUCUGGGCUGGCUAGGAGCCCCACAAGUGUACCAUGAACCUUUUACUGUCUGGCAGACACAGCAGUAAAUCUUCAGGACCCUGAUGUACCCUUUUAGCUUUUCCUACAAUGUUGGAAGAUGAGCUGCAGGAAAUACAGCUGUGUGUCCUGCAGAGUGUUUGGAAGUGGAUGUGGUGACCUGCCUAUGCCCAGGAACUGCCAUGUAAAACAUUGGGAGGAGGGCAGCCACUCUGGGAUCCUAGUGCUUUGUCCUUACCCUUCUUCUCCAGCUUACUGUUACUUGAAAUAGACUUGGAGUCUGGGGGAAGAAAGGGGACCAGGGGGGAGCCUCUUUUAUAUAUGCCGCACCAACAUGUAAGCAAGUGUGUGGUUACAGAAGAUGCAGGUUACUGUUGAGCUGGCAGGGUGUUUGGACUUAUUGGGAAUUUUGUCAUCUCCCUCUGCCCUGGCACUGCCUUUUUAGCUGAGGGGGGUUCCGGUCCAAUCCAUGACACAAGCCACAGUGAGGAAUCCCAGCUUGUCUCACAUUGUCUUGCACUCAAGCCUGUAAGUCCCACCACUUAGUGAGGUGCAGAAACAGUAGUUCCUCUGUUGGCUAACUUAUUCCUGCUUUGAGCUGAACCCCAGCAUUUCUUUGCUUUUAUGUUCCUAGACUGCCAGAGGUUUCAGGCUGGGGCUGCACUGACUGUUCUGUUUUUUAAUUUUAAAAAUGAAACCAAUGAGAAAUCCUUA